GAAGUAACGCGACGGUCUUGUUUUCAUUAGCUGCAGCACGCAGCUCCGCUGCUGCCAACAUGCGCAUUGAAAAGUGUUAUUUCUGCUCGGCCCCAGUCUACCCCGGACAUGGAAUGAUGUUUGUACGGAAUGACUGCAAGGCAUUCAGAUUCUGCAGAUCAAAAUGCCACAAAAACUUCAAGAAGAAGAGAAAUCCCAGAAAAACCAGAUGGACCAAAGCAUUCAGAAAGGCAUCUGGAAAGGAGUUGACAGUGGACAACUCUUUAGAGUUUGAAAAACGCAGAAAUAUUCCAGUUAAAUAUAAUAGAGAGCUGUGGGACAAGACAGUUGAGGCGAUGAAGAGGGUGGAGGAAAUCAAACGCAAACGGCAGGCGAGAUUCAUCAUGAACAGAUUAAGGAAGGGCAAAGAGUUGGAAAAGGAAGAGGCCGUCAACGAAGUCAAGAAGAACAUCCACCUCAUCAAAGCUCCACAUGCAGGAAAAGCCAAACAGAUGGAAGACAAGAUGGUACAGAGGCUACAGGAGGAUGUGCAAAUGGGGGAUGAAGAUGAUCUAUCUUGAACCCAAGUGUGUUACUUUGGCCAAACGGCAGUGCACCUUGGCCUUGCGUUAAUAUAGUAACUUUGUUUGAAAUAAAAUUGGGAAAAAUCAUAAAAUGUACAUUCAUAUUUUCCCAUGACUGUAAAAGGAUUGGACUCACUGACGGAACCAAGCUCGGUUUUCUCCUCCUCUUUAAACUGUCAUCAUAACGGACUAAAGAAUUUACAAAAUCCUGAUGUGUAUUGAGAUGUUUUGGAUAUGAAGCUAAAAAAUGUUCAAAGCUUAUAAACAAUAAACUCAUUUUUGGUUGA